CCCUACCCAUACUGUUAUGUCCCGAGGGCAAAAAAAUUCACUUAAAUAGAUGAACAUGGUAUGAUUAUGAUAAUGAAAAAAAAAAAAAAAAUAGAAGAUGAAUCUCCUUUUGGCCUUUCUCUACCUUUGGAGGUUAUUUAUUUAAAAGAUAUACUUUUGGAUUGGAUUUCCAACAAGGCAAACAACCCGUACCUCCCUUACUGGAUGCUGCGUCUGGAGUGUUUUGACACCAACUCAACCGAGUUGAAAACCUUGAUCUAGAUGGGCAACUAGCUGAGUUAACCCAGCCAUAAACCAAAAAACCUGAGACUCUCACUUCAGCAAUCUGAUCUACGCAGAUCACGUGGACUUUAUCAUAGAUUCAGCUUCACCAAUUCGACAAAUCCUUCAAAACCCACUUCUUAUAUCAAGGUAAGAUCCUCUGUCCCUCUCUCUAAAGCACAAGGAGAUGUAUAACAGUUAUGCUAGCUCAACUGUAUCACUUAGGUGCAAAGGGUCUCUUUCAUUUUCAUCAAAUGAUUACUUUCACUUAUUGAAUGAUGGGUUUGAUAGAAAUUUUAUUCCUUUAUCAUCAUCAUCAUCAUGUUGUCCUUGCUGUGCAAAUUCCAUAUAUAGAGUGCCCAUAAACCCUAGCUUUUUAUCUGGGCUGAAGCAAUCCACCCUAAUUCAAUGGUCAGCUUCUAGAAGGCUGAUCUUGUGUGGUGGAGAAGGGUACUUAUACCGCUCCCCAAUUCAUGAUGUUCGUAAAAAAUGUUAUUAUGGAAAUUCAUGGUCUCUUAAGGAGAGGAAUGUUGGUGGUAGAAGAGGGAGGUGGAGAGAGGGGAGGUUUGGUUGUGCUGUUCCGGAAAAAAGGAGCAAAAGGCACCAUUUGAGUGACGUGGAUGAAGCGGAAGCGAUGCUUAGCUUGUUGACUGAAAAUAUAAGUGAGGAGUGUUUUGGUGUUAGGGAGAGAAAUGAUAGUUCAUCUAGGAGGGUGAAAGUGGAGGAGAGGGCUAAUGGCGGUGGUGGUAAUUGUUAUAGGCGUAAAAAGAAAAAUGUUGAUUCUGGUUUGUUGGAGAGCAAUUCAAAGUGUGAAUUUGAAUCGGUUACAAUUCAGUCUAGGGAAGAGGAUUGUAGACGGAAAUCAGAUAGACAAAAGGAGGAUAAGGAGAGCUGUUUGAGGAGUGAGAAUUGUAGGUUGAGGAAAGAAGGAUCUAGCCAUUCAUCAUACUACUCAUUUUCUUCUUUGGAUGAAUUAGAGAGCGAUGACAAAGUUCGGGUUGAGUAUGAUGGCUUUGAUGAAGAACCAUUGAGUGGGUAUAAGAGGGUUCCAAGAGGGAGUGGGGAAGCCACAUUUAAUAGGGAAGUUGCGGAAGAGGUGAAGAGGCAUAUAGAUGUUGCAGAGGGACAUGGAGCGGUCUUGAAACAGGAAAAUACUGCAGUAGGGUCAUAUGCAACAUUGAGCAAUUUUGACUCUAACUGGAGGAAAAAGUCAGAGAAGAAGCUUAGAGAAGAAUCUACUGAACAUACCCUGUCUAGAAAGGGAUCAUCACAACAGCAAUCAGAAUUGUUAGAGGUCCAUGAAACUAGUUAUGGAAAGGUUCCUGAUUAUCACAAGCAAUAUGAUGAUAGAGAAGAGAAAUCAACCUCAGCAAUGAAUAUUGAAGAGGGCAUAAGACACCAACAUAGUCAAACAGGUCACCAAGUUAUAGAUUCCAAAUCAAGAAUGAAAUAUAAACAAAAUAAACAGACGCCAGAGAUCCAUGGCGGUGAUGUUGAAAUGACUUCCAGCUCCCAGAAGCGAUUCGGGGGCAAAGAAGGAAUUGAAGUUGUAGCUGUGAGUUUGGUUCAGGAAAGAAGAGAUGAGCAUUUUAAAACAGCUGGCCAUGCCAAAGGACAAGAUGAGUAUAGAAGAAAGUCCCAACAAAUCACUGAUGCAUCAGAUUUUCAAGAAAUCAAUAUUAGAGGGACCUCCACUUCAGAGAGGCUGUCUGAAACUAGAAUGAAGAAUCGGGAAGACAAUUCAACUGUGGUUCUGAAUUUUGUUCAGGAUACAGAAGACCAACACCGCCGAGCAGGUCAAUGGGCCACAACAAGAAAAUCCAGCCAAUCAACUGAUAUAUCAGAUACACACGCCAUCAAUAUUGGAAACAAGUCCACUAUACAGAACCAGUCUGACACUAGAAUGAAGCAGGAAGAUAGUUCAAACUUUGUUUUUAGUUCAUUUCCUGAAGAGAAAGAGCAACACUUGCAAACACGUUUGAAGCCUAUUAAGAGAAUGGAAUCGGGAAGAGAAUCUCUUGAUGUUUCCAAUAUAUCGAUGGUUCACUCCACUGAUACUCAAAAAGUCAAUACUUCUCAAAAGACUUCUGAAAAGAGAAUGAGUAGUCAAGAAAUAUAUUCAUCAUCAGUAGUGAAAUCAGUUGAAGGAACCCGAGAAAGACAUAAUCUAACUGAUGAAAGAGUGUUGCCAAGUGAAUCAAGAAAAGAGGAUCAGGUAUCAGCUCAAGCAUUGAGUUUCAGCGAGGGCAUGUUAAAAGGGACUUCUAGUUCCCAAGCAGAUUUGCAUUUGCAACCUCAAGGUAUGGUGCAACAAACUGGUGACAAGGGAGAUAAGAGAAGCUCACAGGCAAUAGUAACGGCUCCCCCAUCUCAAUUGGUAGAAAGAGAACCUAGUGAAUGUAUAGAAAGUGACUAUGGUGUCUCACAUACACAUUCACAAGUGAGUUCUCCUGCCAUGCAACACGAAAUAUAUGGUGGAUCGAGAGGGGGAGAGACUUAUCAAACGCCUUUAAACUUUGUCUCCCAUGAAGGUGCACUGGAUUCAGCUGAUCGGUUACAGAAAUCUUCCAUGCACUUUGUUGGUGAGUUUGUUGAGAAGGUAAGGCAUGAAAUUUCAACUUCUGAAACCCAAAAGGAGAAGAAAACUUCUGAAAUGAUGUUGGUGUCCAAAGGAGAAAAGAGUCAGUAUGGUUCUGGAGACUCUCAGGCAAAGAAGCAUGAGUCUAGGCAUUCAUCUCAGAGUUCUGGAACAAAAGGGCCUUCAGAUGACAUGUGGGAUGUGACAGACCCAUCUAUUCAGGGCACUCCCGAUGCUGAAAUCCCAGAGGUCACCACUACUACUGGGAAUGCCAUUGCUAAGAGAACCGGUAGGUCCUUGUGGAAUAUCAUUGGAGAUAUCGUUCGACUGCGGUGGGCUCGAUCUGAAACCCAGAGUUCGACUGCGAAGUCAGGUGGAAGGACUUCAUCAAACCAGUCAAAUAGCAGUGAGACAUGGUUUUCUGGUCAGGAGCCAGAUGAAAGCAAUGAUGAGAAUGCAAAUAAGGAUAAGAAAAACAAGCCACAAGAAGCCACAUCCGCUGAUCUGCAACAAGUGGGAAAAAUUUCUGCUCAAGAUCAAGGAGAAGGGUCCAGCUCAACAAGCUCAACGGAGAAAAUAAGGCACGUAGGAAUGGGUACAAUAUCAUCUUCAAGUAUUUUAGAAAGCGGCUCAGCAUCCAAAAGUACUUCUGUAGGUUCUGGUGAGGAAACUGUUGGUUGGAAGGAAGAUGGAAAGAAAUCUGAAGGUAUCUCUUCUGAAACAGCAAUAGUGGAAUCAUCACCAUUGGCUGCUAGGCAACUAAGAAGAUCUCCCAUUGUCAUAGAAAUUUCUGAGGCUGGUAAAACUGAUAUAUCUGGCAGUGGUGUAAUGGUGCAGAUGGAGCAACCAAUUGAUGCUGGUUUGUUGAAAGCACCAGGAGCUGAGGGGAAGCAUGUGGAAUUAAAAAGAAGGAAACUUCAACGAAACGAUCAAGUCAUGAAAGAUAGAUUUGAUGAAUGGGAAGAAGCAUAUACACUUGAAACUGAGCAGCGAAAAACUGAUGAAAUGUUUAUGAGGGAAGCACUAUUGGAAGCCAAAAAGGCUGCCGAUACCUGGGAGGUUCCUGUUGGGGCUGUGCUUGUACAACAUGGAAGAAUAAUUGCUCGUGGAUGCAACCUAGUUGAAGAAUUACGUGACUCCACUGCCCAUGCAGAAAUGAUUUGUAUACGGGAGGCUUCAAACCUACUUCGGACAUGGAGGCUCUCAGAGACUACACUUUAUGUAACACUUGAACCAUGCCCUAUGUGUGCUGGAGCUAUUCUUGGAGCUAGAAUCAAUACUGUUGUUUGGGGAGCUCCCAAUAAGCUUCUUGGAGCUGAUGGCAGCUGGAUUAGGCUCUUUCCUAAUGGGGCAGAAGGAGCUGGCCUUGACCCGACUGAUAAGUCAGCUGCUCCAGUCCACCCAUUUCACCCGAAGAUGACAAUUCGACGAGGGGUAUUGACAUCAGAGUGUGCAGAUGUAAUGCAGCAAUUCUUCCAACUAAGAAGGAGGCAGAAGAACAAACCAGACCCACCAUCACCACCACCUUCAUGUCUUCCUAUUUCAAACCGUCCAUCAAGGCUUCUUACCAGGAUUCAUGGUAUCUUCAACAUCAUGUUCUGUUUGUAGCGAAUCGCCCAGAGCCAUCAACACGUAAACUUGUAUUGAGAAGUAUAACAGUGCUCUUGAUCCUAAUGUACCAUUAUUUACUUGUAUUCUCAUGAAGGUGAUUGCCAUGAGAAGUGCUGCUUCACAUAAAUUGUAAAACAUAGUGCAAUUUUGUUGUUUCAAUUGAAAGUUAACGAUUCAGAUA